UUCAGAAAUCAACCGAAGCGGUUACUUAAAAGCUGUUGAGGGGAAGAUGAGAAGAAAUACGUACAAAAUGAACAACUGACUGAGAUUAUAUUGGAGAGAGGGGUUGAUUAUUUUUGUAAAAAAAAUUACACGGGAACACAACGGCUAAAGAAAGGACUACAUAACGUUAGCCUUACUAGCGUUAGCUAGCUAACUUGGCUGUCUAUCUUGCCACAGUAUCGUAUUUAGGGUUUUCCAUAUUAGCUAGCUAUAUAGCUAGGUAGUUAGAUAUAGACAAUUAGUGUUAACUAGCUGGCUAGUUGCCGUAUCAUUGCUUAUCCGCUUGUUCCAUUCUGAACUCCGGAACGUGUUUUCUUUCCCAGGGAUUCUGUCAGACAGCAAACGAGGUUAACAGUGACAACCAGUAGAUUAAGCGGUUUAUGAAUGAAUGUUGAUUCUGUUUCGCUUUACGUUAAUGAAUUCAAGCUGGCUUGCUAGCUAACUUGGUUAUUUGCUGUCCUCUAAUUUGGAGCUGCUUCCUAGCUGUGUAGACAGCGAGCUAACGGUCUGGAAAACGUAAGUUAGUCUUUCUAGCCACAGUUGUAACGUACCGUUAGUGAUGCCUACUGCUUUCUUAUUGGACAGUUAGCAAACGUUAUCAUAGGACGAAUUUCAUUUUCACUUUUGUAACGCUAACGUUAGCAAGCUUGCUACGUCUAAACCAGUUUCAGUAAGUUAACUAACCUAAGGUAGUUGGUAACUAUUAACUUACUGUUAUCUAUGAAUAUAGCUAACGUUAGCCAUCUAGCUAUAAAUUAAUGCUAGAUAGGUAGGAACUUAUUCUUGUAUCCUUUUUCAUCGUUUAGAUUUUUUUUCUCGUGAUAGUAAAGCGAUUUUGUGUUUGCAGUUGAACUCAAAUUGCAUUUUAGUUUACCAGGGCUUAAUACGAGCUGGGUGCAACCUAGCUGGCUGUCUGAUUUACCGCAUGCUUCCCUGUGUAACUUAGUGCGCGACUGGGUCUACGGUUUUGUUUCCAGACAGCCAUCAGACGAAGAAAAAAAAAAAAAAACACCCUCUUGUCAGUUAAGGAUUUUAUUUUUUGAUUGAGAGUUUGUGUGCCAAUUAUUAGGUUAGGUUAUAGUCUAACUAGCUAAAAUGUCGGGACAGUCCAUUACGGAUCGGAUCGCAGCGGCUCAGCACAGCAUGACUGGAUCUGCUAUCAGCAAAGCCGUCUGCAAGGCCACGACGCAUGAAGUCAGCGGACCGAAAAAGAAACACCUUGAUUACCUGAUCCACUGCACCAACGAGAUGAACGUGAGCAUUCCUCAGCUGGCGGACACGCUGUUCGAGAGAACUGCCAACAACAGCUGGGUGGUGGUCUUCAAAGCACUCAUCACCACUCAUCACCUCAUGAUGUAUGGCAACGAGCGGUUUAUCCAGUACCUGGCCUCCAGAAACACACUUUUUAACCUCAACAACUUCUUGGACAAAGGCGCAUUGCAAGGAUAUGACAUGUCAACCUUCAUCAGGCGUUACAGCCGAUAUCUGAACGAAAAGGCGCUUUCCUACAGGCUGGUGGCGGUUGACUUUACCAAGAUGAAGAGAGGGAUUGAUGGAGUGAUGCGCACUAUGAACACGGAGAAGCUGAUCAAGACCCUCCCCAUCAUCCAGAACCAGUUGGACGCCUUGCUGGACUUUGAGGCCAACCCCAAUGAGCUGACCAACGGGGUCAUCAAUGCUGCCUUCAUGCUUCUGUUCAAAGACUCCAUCCGCCUCUUUGCGGCCUACAAUGAGGGCGUCAUCAACCUCUUGGAGAAAUAUUUUGAUAUGAAGAAGAGCCAAUGCAAAGAUGCUCUGGACAUCUAUAAGAAGUUUCUCUACAGGAUGACAAAGCUGUCCGAGUUUCUCAAAGUUGCUGAGCAAGUUGGGAUUGAUCAGGGUGACAUCCCAGAUCUAACGCAGGCCCCCAGCAGUCUGCUGGAAGCGCUGGAGCAGCACCUGGCUUCUCUGGAGGGGAAGAAAACCAAGGAGUUCUCUGCAGCCAGCAGAGCCAGCACCCUGUCGAGCGCCGUGUCUUCCCUCACCAACACCGGCAUGUCCUUCAGCCGCAUGGACGAGAAGGAGAAGCACCUGGCCCUGGAGGAGGAGCAGAGCAGGCUGCAGUCCCUCAAGGAUCAGCGGCUAAAGGAGAUUGGCCUGCAAACACCCACGGUGUCCCCAAGCACUCAGUCAAUGGGCAGUGCCAACGGUACCACUGCUGGCAUGGACCUCUUCACCAGCCCUGCCCCUCCCCCCUCUACCAACAGCAUGCCAAACCUCACCAGCGACCUGUUUGACCUCCAGCCUGCCUUCGUCCCCACCGUACAGAGCACACCCACCAUCUCCACCGUUAACAGUGCCUGGGGAGGUCUGGAAAUCCAUCCCGUCCCACCCACUGCUCCCCCGCCCUCAAUGGGUGUAGAUUUUGAUGCCGUGUUUGGGAGUAAAGUCGCCAAUACCGAUGCGGCACCCACAUCUGGUUCGGACCUGGCAGGGGACCUCCUGAAGCCCUCAGUGCCCAUGCAGAACCAGGCCCCACCCAUGUCACUGCACCCUGGGGGCAAGCUGCUGGCCAGCGACCUGGACUCCUCCCUGGCCAGCCUUGUGGGCAACCUGCAGUUUGGAGGCACACCAGCUAAAAAUUUGCCGUUCUGCGUGCCUGCGUUCAGGCCGGACAUGCAGUGGACGCAGCCGGGAGAGAAGAAGCUGACUGGCGGCACGAACUGGCAGACAAAAACCAUGAGCACCACCACAGCUUGGAACCCCGCCCCCAUGGGCCCCGCCCCCAUGCCCAUGCCGCAGAUGAAUGGAAUGAUCUAUACUGGUUAUGCCCCGGCUCCGAUGGCUUUUCCCAUGACGACACCUCAAGUGCCUGUGUAUGGAAUGCUCCCACCACAGAUGGGGCAGUUGGGCGGAGUCCCAGUGAUGGCGCCUCAGCCCAUGAUGUACAACCAGCCUGUUCUUAGACCCACCAAUCCCUUUGCCCCCAUUCCUGGAGCCCAGAUGCAGUUCAUGUAGUACCGGCGAAGGGCGUCGCGCCAAAGGUCAUGGCAAAUCACCCCCCUCCCCUCAACAAAACGAGCGAGCAAAGAAGACAAAGCAAACCAACGCCAAAUACAGGGAGAGAGAAGAGAGACGGAGACCGGAAAAGAAAAGUGCGCACGGACUGAAGAUACGUUUGUGUCAUUACCGUUCCAGCGCUUGUCAUCCAUGCGUGAAACACGGCGCCCCUGCCCUGCCCGUGACACGGCUGGCCAACUGCCCCCCUCACACCAGCUAAACUGGAUUUACAUUUCCUCCGUUUCGGGCUAGCGUGGGGGGGCUCUGCAUGGGUACGCUGUUGUCUUGAGAUUUAGAGAGGGUCCAUCGCAAAAACGCACUGAAGAACUUGGUUGAAGCUUUUCUUUUGCAUUUUACUUUUUCUAGUCUAUCUUCCUCCGCCCUCCCCUGUUUUUGAGAAGUUGCGGAGGUUCGGGCCCCAAUGUCGUUUCCACGCCGUCUUGUUUCUAUGGAUGCGUCUGUUACUGUGAUUGUUCGUGAGCACUUUUGGUCACUGUCAAGAAGAUUUAACCUAGCUAAGGACUCUGUUCAUCGUACAGAUGGGUCUGGCCACAUACGAGGCCCGUGAGGUUCAUCUUGCGCCUCUCAGCCGGUCGGUCUCGUCUGUCCUUGAGCUUUUGAAUCGAUCCGUCCACGCCACUUUUCUCCCAAGCGUUUUCGUCCAACACCUCUCGCCUCAAAUCCAAACAUUUCAGUUUACUGUGCACAUUACAUGUGUGUUGAUGAGAUAAGCAUUUGUUUUUUGUUUUUUUAAUUCAGGUAGGGAAAAGGUUUUGCUAUCUGAAUCGGUGCUUUGUACCUUUGAGCACUUUAUUAGUAAGUCUGUGUGCGCGUGCGCAUGCUAGUGUGUAAGUGAAGGAAUCUUGUCCUGACCCUCAGCCUGGUCAGAAUGGGAGCUGUGGUCUGCAUGGUGGUGAAUCAGCCUUGAUCAGUUAGUCCCUGUGUGUGCAUGCAUGUGAGUGUGCCUGCCAAAUUCCAGUUACAUUUCCCACUGCCCCCCCCCCCCCCCCAUAUUGAAUUAUCAGCCUGAGAUAUUGUCUGAGAUGGCUCUCCUAGUUUACUAGUUUACCAACGCUGCGCUGUCAAUUUUUAUGUGUCCAGAGUGGAGUUGAAGUUUGUCGCUGUUUCUCGCCAGCUAUCGUCAGCGUCGUGGGGGUGUUUACCGGUAUGGUAGAUGGGCGAUGUGCGUGAGCUGAAACCUGGCUGAAACCUCACUUUCAGUCGCCACAGAAUGUCUCCGUUUCUCCAAACGCCAGUACUGAAAUAUGACCAUUUAUUAACUGAAUCAUUCAGUUAGAGAAAGUAUUUUCCCAUUUGAAUUUGUAAAUAAUGAUUUUCCUGUGUUUGUAGUGUGGAGACGUGCCCUGCUGCUCCUGUCUAAUGGUGCAUUGGUGGAGUGGAGCCUGUGGAUGGUCUUGCCACAUCAGUCAUACGAUGACGAUAAAAUAUUCAUAUAAUUUGCUACGGUUAUUAUUAUUAUUAUUAUAAUAUUGCGUGCAUUUUUGUGUACAAAUGCUCACCUGACUUCAUGAAAUGACUAAAAGUUAAAUCUAACUUCAAUUUUGAGUCAUUAAAAAGCUGCCAUAUUGGUGAGUAUAAGGGGUAGGGGGAGAAGGUGCCAGUUGUGAUUAGAUUUUUGAACUUUGUCCCUUUGCUAUUCUGGAAGUUCAGGUAAAGCCCAGCUGAGAUGCGAAAUGUGCUUUAUUUGUUUCCGGGCCCUGGAAGGGUCCGCCUGCUGUUAGCAGUAGCAGAACCGCAUGUCUUCUUCCCGGUCGCCCCGGGUCCAGCGGCACUACAACCACACCCCACGUCUCUGUGGCAGCUGCUCAGUCUGCGGGCCCACUGCAGUGCAGCGGCCAUCUCCUCUCAAGGCUCCACCAUGACUUGGGGAGCAUUUGAGGGAGUUUCACUGUGAGAAGUUCACCGAGUCGGCAAACACCCCCCCCCCCCCCCCCCCCCGCUCGGCUCUCGGCAGAAAGCAUGAGUUCGGCCGCGGUGAGCGCUGCAGUCACAGCCGUAAGGUCAAAGCAGGGGCUUCUGGGUAAUAAGUGGGUGUGCACGCUUCCUUGUUUACCUGAACCAGACUUGGCCAACGUAUUGUGCUGCCAAAACGGAUGCGAGUCGGACGUGAGCUCCCGGUUUGGAUUCGCGCUGGGUCUAGACCGAUUAGUACCCUUCAAUGAACCGUCUGUCAGAGCAGACUCGGGUGGAUUUUUCCAACUUAUAAAGUUGGAGGGUUAGUGAGA